CUGGGACUACGCAGAACACGAGCAUAGCACCGGCGAUCCCAGGGACGCAGACUUGGGGAAAGUCUUGUACUACUAGGGUGGCAGAUCGAUCAACACGUGGGACAUCCCCUCUCUUUGCUGGUCGUCAAUCUCACGCGGGGGAAAGGUCCAUCAAUAUGUACUUGCCUGCCCAUAGCAAGCUGCGCGCGUUGCUGCUCGCCUCGGUGGUCAUCUGCUACUGUUGCGCCGAUGGCAACUCCAAACGAAACCUUCGGCAGGAGACGGAAGCCGCCGCCCCCCCCCAGCGGAGCCGCGCGGCGCUGGAGGCCCUGAACGCCGCGAGGCAGCUAGCGGCUGUAGAAGUGGACACGGAGAAGGGGCAUUCUUCUGCCACGGGCGGAAGCCUGUUCGCGAUGGAAAAAGUCAGGACGUACGAAGGUGCCCGUCUGCCCCCUCCCGAGACGAUGUUCCCGGCACCGCUCGACUCGGAGAAGUGCGAGCGCUGGGCGGUGCUGACGUCCAUUUUCGAGCCCACCGACACCGUGCGCCAGCUGGGUGCUGCGGAAGACUGGUGCGUCGUGGUCGUCGGCGACCAGAAUGGCCCUGCCGAGUACAACGUGGAGGGAGUAAUCUAUCUCACGCCUCAAGAUCAAGAGCAGCUACCCUACCGCAUCGUGUCUCUGCUUCCCUGGAACCACUUCGGUCGGAAGAACAUUGGGUACCUGUACGCCGUGCAUCACGGAGCUACGGUGAUCUACGACGUCGAUGACGACAACGCCCUCAUUCACCCGGAGGCCGGCGUUCCCCACGCCUUCUCCCCCUUCACCCCGGCAUCAACUACCAGCUUCGCCGUGGGGCCGCAAGCCUUCGUCCACAACCCCUACGGCUGCUUCGGGGGCCCCGGCAACGUGUGGCCGCGGGGAUUCCCCCUCGACUCGAUCAACGACGCCGACUCGAACCGGUGUGACGAGGUGGCAGUCGACCCAGCCGCGGAGAACGCGCCGCCCGAAAAAGGGUGGCGGCUGGGGGUUGUGCAGGCGCUGGCCAAUCACGACCCCGACGUGGACGCGGUGUACCGCCUCACGUACCCUCCGGGGGGGCUACCAUUUGACUUCGAGGUUACGGAACCGGUCCCGGAAGGGAUGAGCCCGCUCAAGAUCGUGCCCCCGGCGGCUUUCACGCCGUAUAAUGCUCAGGCCACUCUUCACUUUCCGCCGGCCUUUUGGGGCAUGCUGCUCCCGGUGACGGUACACGGGAGGGUCAGCGAUAUCUGGCGAAGCUACUUCACGCAGACGCUGCUGCCGUCCACGGGGGCCGUGACAGCAUUCGCUCCGGCAUGGGUGGAGCAGAUACGAAAUCCCCACAACUACCUGGCCGACUUCCAAGCCGAGCUGCCACUGUACGAACAGAGUGGCGCCCUCGUGGCAUUCCUCGACGGCCACCGCCGGCAGUCGGCCGCCGCAAGCGAAGCGGGCGUUGGCCUUCCGGAACGCAUCGAUGCGCUCAUGGUGGAGAUGUACGAGUACGGGGUCCUUGAUGAGGCAGACGUGCAGCUGUCGCAGGCUUGGUUGGAAGAUCUUUACUCCGUGGGGUACAAUCCGAACAGCACCGGAUGAUUCCCGUCACCAUCCGGAAGCUUGUAUUUUUUCCCCCCCUCGCCAAUGCAUCCUUGAUUGUCGCAUGUGUAUCUUGGUACUCAAAAGUUGAGCAGCGGGCGGAUUCAAGGUUGAGCCUGAUAGGGGUCUUAGCAAGUGAGUAGUUCUUUUGUGUUAGAGUCGAGUGGUGCACCGCACGUUGGCGGGGGCUGAAAUCAUUGUACAACAAUAUGGGUAACUCAGUUUUCUUGUUCCAGACGGUCGCCGCUGGACUUGUCCUUGAAAUCUGUUUCGAGUUUUGAUUUCAGCAGGAAAGAGGGCCUGUAGCGCAAGUCCCAGGUAUAACAACACCUCUCGUUAUGUCAAUGUGCGGAGAUACCGAACAUCUAUUCGAGCUGAACGCGCAUUUGCAACAAGAGGAGUCAGCGUAAACUACAUUUUAAGCCGUACGGACCCAAACAUCCUUCACAACCGACAGAGUGGGACGCAAACGGAGGAAUGAUAGUCUCUCCCCCCAAAAGGCACGAACAUCUCCUGGCAUGUUUGCUGCCGAUAACCGCGCCGAUAACCGUGUGAAGUGCUGUCUCAUUGUACGUCGUGCAACUGCUGAAGGUACAAUAGCUUGGUGUUGUCCGUUCCAUUGUCGAGCGCUUGCUGCCCUGAAUGCCCACCUUGAGAUUUUUAUUUCGGAUCGAGGAUAUCCACGUGGACCAUUAGUUUUAUUCUAGCAGGGAGUGGUCACCACGACUUCCCCUAGACCAGUCGUAGUGGCCUCUCCGCCAGCGGACGUUGAAAUCACGGAUGUGGACGUCGGCAAGCUGGGGCAGGGAAGGGUACUAGAAGGAAGUGUGGGAGGUGGUGCGGUGGAGGAUUAAACGUUGAGCGGUGGAGCAAGGAGAGUCGCUGCGGGAGCUGCGUCAAGGCUGAUACCCAACAACCCGCCAAAUAGGUCGUUAUUUUUUUUUUUCUCCCAUCAUCGGGUUCUGUCGUCUGCCCCUCU